CCUUCGCAUCAGAGUCUCCUUAGGGUGUUAGGUAUCCUUUCCAGGCACCCAUGAGUCCUUUGAGCCACGAACUUGCCGGGAAAUUGAAGCAGAACAUGAGGUGGUGAGGUGCGCACUUCCCCGUCGAAGCGAGCCAAGUGACCCAGACACACGCACGCAUUCCUUUACUUCCUCCUCGCCCCACGCCGUGUCUUCCGCCCUCUGCAUGCCAUAGGAAGGAAGAUCAGGCCUUCAUCUAAAAGCUAAGCGAGUCAAUUAUCACCAAUAUCGCCCCUAUGGAAGGAUAUCGGCGUGUGAAAAACAAAAGGCGUGCGUGAGCAGCCGCCAUCGCUGAGGCCACGCGGGCAGCCUCUUCUUCUCUUGUCUCGCUCGCCAGUCGCACUCGCCAGCAGGGUCAGUUUGGGUCGAGAGGUUGUGGAGGGAGGGUGUUCUGCGCGUGGCUCGUACAUUAUUAUUUGCGUCCUACCUAUUGUGUAUAUGUCAACCGGUUAAUUAGUGGUCUAUUAAUUUGUCUCUGGUUAAUGAACAAGACUGUAAAUGUGUACACAGGAAAAAAUAAUUCAAGAAAAUGAGAUGUAAAAAUAAAUCCAAAUAAAUAUACACACAUAGAACAACAACAACAACAAGACUGGCAACCUAUACAGUGCGCGGAAAGAAAAACAAAACAAAACAAACAAAACAAAACAAUCCAUCCGGUGAUGCGCUUUUGUUUUGACCACUUUUUUGUAACGAAUUCGUGAAUCACACAAAAAAAAGUGGAAAAAGUGCCCCAAUCAUCUUUAUUUUCCACGUGAGUCGAAGAUAUUGAGAAGAAAGAGAAAGUGACGCAAUAGUGGAUGAUAAUGAAAGGUGAUGAACAGGAGGACAGGUGAAGAGUGGAUAGUGAAAGAAUAAUAACAUCAUCAUCAUCAUCAUCAAGAAAAAGGACACCGAAGAGGACGAGGACGAGGACGAAGAAAACAUUAACCAGGGAAUCUACCUAAGCAACGCCUGCACAACUAUAGCAAAGGUGUCCUCGUCACCCUCCAGCAUGACGUGAGGCACCACCACCAUGGACAAGUCACCGCCGCAGCCUUCCGUCCUCUCUAACAUGAACCCGUUUUCCUCCCGCACCAUCGAAUUCAACCGUAAACUCGCACGAACACGCUGGAAACGGCCAAGCGCCUCUAUCAACCUCCUCCUGUACCUCGUCCUUGCCUCUGCGCUCCUAUCCCUGGCGCGCGGGGAGCAGAGGUUCGUGGAGGAGCCGCAGAACGUGACGGUGAAGCACGGCGAGAGUGUGACGCUGCCGUGCAAGGUGGCGGACCGGCGAGGGACCGUGCAGUGGACCAAGGAUGGGUUCGGACUGGGCACGGACCCGGACCUCCAGGGGUUCAGCCGCUACCGUAUGAAUGUGGAUGAGGCGGCGGGCGUGUACAACCUCCACAUCCAGCCCGUCUUGGUGGAGGACGACGGGCAGUAUCAGUGCCAGGUGGGCGGGGCGGCGGGCGAGCGGCACCUCAAGAGCGCCACAGCCACCCUCACUGUGCACUUCCCCCCCACUGACUCCCCCGACCAGGUGUACCUGGACACGUCUUCCCCAAUGGAGGCCACGGCCGGCUCACCUGUCCGCAUCACCUGUGAGGCCGGCCUGAGUACACCUGCCUCAGAGAUCAAAUGGUUCAUGAACGGGAAAGAGGGCGUGGCGGGGGCGAAAGUCAACACCACCAAGACGACGCAGGGCAGCAGCAUCCUCGUGGCCGUCAAGAGCCGCCUCGACCUCACGCCGGAGAGGAAGCACCACGAGGCCAACAUCUCCUGCCGCGUCAGCCACAAGGCCCUCGAGCAGCCCAUCGUGCGCAGCGUGGUCAUGGCCGUCAAGUACCCACCGCAGGUCUCCGUCUCCGUGGACUCCGCCAAGAUUAAGGAGAAGGAUGAUGUGAUGUUUUCAUGCAAGGCGGAGGCCAACCCCUCGACGCUGCGGUACCGGUGGGAGCUGGAUGGCGUGUCGGUGGUGGGCGAUCACACCGAACACUACCUCAUGCCGCACAUCCAGCGCUCCUCCAACGGCGCGAAGGUGGCGUGCGUGGUGUCCAAUGAUAUCGGGACGCAGAAGGCGGAGCACACCCUCAGCGUCCAGUACGCGCCCCGCUUCAAGUCCGAGCCGCAGGAUAAGGACGAGGACGAGGGGAAGAGUGUGACGCUGACCUGUAACGUGGAUGGGAACCCGCCGCCCGAGAUUGUGUGGCUGCACGAGAGGGAGAACAAGGUCAUCAACUUGGGCUCGAAGCUGACCUUGGCCGUGAACCCGGAGACGGUGGGCACCUACCAUUGCCGCGCCGCCGUCACGGGCUUUCCUGAGGAGUCGCGGUCCAUGCGGGUGCUGAUGCGCGGCCCCCCUCACGUGGCGGAGGCGAAGGAGCAAUUCGGGAUGGAGGGGGACGACGUGAGGGUGGAGUGCGUGGUGGAGGGCGUGCCGCGGCCUUCACGGGUGGAGUGGGCGCGAGGACACCGCCGCGUGGACACCAACACCUCCCGGUACAUUGCGCUGCAGGAGGCCACGUCGGAGGGGGUGAGGGCGACACUGGUGGUGGAGGACGCGGAGCUGGAGGACUUCGGGGAUUACAACUGCACGGCGAGGAAUUCUUACGGCGCCCACUCCGGCACCAUUUACCUGAAGCGCCAACAAAGCUUGCCGCUGGUGACGACCCUGGUGGCCAUCAUCGGGGGCAUCGUGUUUCUGGUGGUGGUGGUGGUGGUGAUCGUGCUGUUCAAGAAGAAGGGCCGCCAGUACAAAGAUCCCGGCCUGGAGAAGAACAGCAUGCGCUCCUCCGACCUCUCCUCCACCCACGACUCCGUGCUGAAGGUGGAGACGCGCACCGCCACGGGAAGCGACCUGUCUCCGUCCGAGGAAGAGGACUACAGCUCGCACGACGACUGGGAGAGCGGUGACGGCAGUUCGGGGGUAAUGCGACGGCCCCCCCUGCCGCGAGACAUCCUGAGGUACUCCGCGGGGGAUUAUACCGACGCUGGGUUCCCGUUGAAGGAGCAGCCCAACAACACCAGCGGGGGCUACAUCAAGUACUACUCCAGAGACUACGACCCACCACCGCCACCUCCACCACUUAGCUUCCACCGCAACUCCAUCUACACCACCACCAACGCACCUCCAACGGCCCUCAACAACGUGGACCCUCGCUACUCCGCGGCCUACGGCAACCCAUACCUCAAAGUGCCAAGCCUAGGCCGAGGAGGCACGCCGACACUCUAUGGAAGCAGUGGCGGGGGGCUGGACGGCGGCACUGUGACGGGGGGCGUGCCGCAGUCCCCCCAGCAGGCCAUGUACACGGGCGGGGGGGCACAGGGGCAUAGCAUGAACAAUAACAAUAACAACGCCCUCAACAACACCAGCGCCAUCUACGGCCAGAACCGGAACAAUCUGCGCCUCAGUGCUAACCUCAACAACCAGUACAUCACGGUGCCUCAAGGGGACGGCCGCCACGGGGUUCACGGCACGCACAUAUGAGGGUGUGCCCGCGCCGUCACCUACGUGUAGUGACCGUUCAGGCUAACUUGGCGAGGAAGCCUCGCCCAGCUCCGCCCCGCACCGCCAAGCUCCGCCCCGCACCGCCAAGCUCCGCCCCUCCUGCCUCACGUCCACCAGUCACGUGUUGUCUCUCCAAGCAGGUAUCAUGUUCAUGCCUCUGGGUGGUGGUCAGAGGAGGAGGGGCUUAUUUAUGUGUUGUGUAUAGUGUGUGUUCAUGUUAACUUGGCAUGCAAGCUCCGCCCCCUCCUGAGUCCCAACCGCCAAUCAGAAGGGUCUUCCUGAGCAACGUCAGUCAGUUGCUUCUGGAAGGGGUUACGGAAGGAGUACAUUAAACUUUUAGCGCAUGAUAUCGCUGGAAAGGGGGAAGGAAAGCGGACGAGAUUACACAUAUAUAUUAACAGACUUCACAAGGAACCUGCAGCCACUCACCUUCCCCCUCAUCAAAGCGUGUGUACAUAUCUCUAUAUAUCUUACUCUUACCUCUAGACUAAGGCUGUCCUUUGAAGUAACUUAAAACUCAGACGGUUGCUUUAUAAGACGCUUUGACUAGACGAAAGAAUAUACAGAAAAAGACAAAAUAGAAACAUAUGGAGUAUUUUUUUUGUUGCUGUUCCGAAGAACGACGAUUAGACUCUAAGACAAAGUAACAUUGAGUAUCAUUGACGAGACCGAUGCCUUUGUUGUUAAAUAAGACAAUUCAGAGAAAAGGAUAACGAAAAAAAGAAAAAAAAAAGUCAAGCGAGUCAAGGAAAAUAGUUUUGCUCAAGAGUCAUCAUCAUCAUCAGGAGGUCGGAAGUGUGUUGCUUCCGGUAGUACCAAAGAGGGUCAGCGUGUGUGUGUGUGUGUGUGUGUGUGUGAGAGAGAGAGAGAGAGAGAGAGAGAGAGAGAGAGAGAGAGAGAGAGUUUAAACUGAGCAUGGCUAUUACUAUCAUAUAAACCUUCAAUACCCCAAUUCAUAACACACACACACACACACACACACACACACACACACACACACACACACACACACACACACACACACACACACACACACACACAUGCACACACAAACAAACA